AUUAAUCUUAUUUGAAAUUUAUUAGUCAAUUAAACAUUACUAAUUAAUGUGCAACACACAUAGUUGUUUUAUAAGAAAAUAUUCUAUUAAAUUAAAUAUCCUGUAAAAAAAUAAUUAAUUAUUGAAUUGCAUAUGUAAUUUAUUACAUAUUGGCAAUCAUUCAAAUAUUAUUAAUUUUUUUUUUGUAUAACCUACUUUUCAAACUUAUUAACAAUAACUACGUUAAGUACCUGUGUUGUUUGAAAUUCAAUAAUUUAAAAUGAUAGGUGUCAAUCAAACUAUACGUUGUAUGUGUCGUAUACCAAGGACUGUUAUUGCUGUUAGGAAAUAUUGUGAUCAACCAAGAGAAAACUCAUUUUCACUUGAUUUAUCAGAUACACAAAAAGAAUUUAGGGAUCUUGCUAGAAAAUUUGCUAGAGAAGAAAUAAUUCCUGUAGCUGCUGAAUAUGACCGUACAGGAGAGUAUCCAUGGGAAAUAGUAAAAAAGGCUCAUGCAGUAGGGCUUCUCAAUGGACAUAUACCUGAACAUUGUGGUGGUUUAAAUAUGUCUGUAACCGAUGGCUGUAUGGUUGCUGAAGAAUUAGGUUACGGAUGCACUGGAAUUAAAACUGCUCUUGAAGCUAGCGGUCUUGGCCAAAUGCCAGUAAUAAUUGCUGGAAAUAAGGAACAACAAAAGAAAUACCUUGGCAGACUUAUUGAGGAACCAUUAGUAGCUGCCUAUGGAGUUACAGAACCAGGGGCUGGUUCAGAUGUAAAUGGUAUUAGAACUAAAGCUGAGAAAAAAGGUGACGAGUACAUAAUUAAUGGUCAAAAAAUGUGGAUAACUAAUGGUGGGGUUGCUAAUUGGUAUUUUUUAUUGGCACGUACGGAUCUGAAUCCUAAAGCACCAGCUAGUAAAGCAUUUACUGGAUUUAUUGUUGAUGCAGAUACUCCAGGUUUAACACCCGGUAGAAAGGAGUUAAACAUGGGACAAAGAGCAUCAGAUACAAGAGGAAUUACAUUUGAAGAUGUCAGGGUACCUAAAGAAAAUGUUUUAAUGGGUGAAGGUCAAGGAUUCAAAAUUGCAAUGUUAACCUUUGAUAAAACAAGACCUCCAGUAGCAGCAGGAGCUGUUGGAUUAGCUCAAAGAGCUUUGGAUGAAGCAACUAAAUAUUCUCUAGAACGUAAAGCUUUUGGAGUUUCUAUUGCAUCACACCAAGCUGUUGCUUUUAUGUUGGCUGAAAUGGCUAUUGGUAUCGAAGCUGCAAGACUUACUUAUAUGAAAGCUGCUUACGAGGUGGAUCAAGGUAGACGAAACUCAUACUACGCUUCUAUAUCUAAAGCAUUUGCAGCUGAUGUUGCUAAUAAAUGUGCUACUGAUGCUGUACAAAUAUUUGGUGGAAAUGGUUUCAAUACUGAAUACCCCGUUGAAAAAUUAAUGAGAGAUGCUAAAAUUUAUCAAAUUUACGAAGGAACUGCUCAAAUUCAACGUUUGAUUAUUUCACGUGAAAUAAUAGAGAGAGCGAAACUAAACUUAUAGUCUAUUUUUUGAAAUUUAUAAGAAAACAUUAAGAUGUACUAAUGAAAAUAUUUUUUAUACAUAAUCAAAAUUAAAUAUUGGAUACAAGGUUUUUUUUUAAAUUUUACACAUGCUUUAAAAAUAUAUAUAUUUAUCAACUAA